AUGCCUUGUCAGAUAGGAAUUUCGAGCAAAGGCUUUGGGGCACUGCUUGCACUUAAAUGGCUUUUCACCUGUGUGUGUUCGGUUGUGGUAGAUCAAAAUGCUACUCUGAGAAAAGGUUUGGGGGCAAAGCUUGCACUCGAAUGGCUUUUCACCAGUGUGUGUUCGAGCAUGCUUUGUCAGAGAAGAGUGUUGUGUAAAGGCUUUGGGGCACUGCUUGCACUUAAAUGGUUUUUCACCAGUGUGAAUUCGAUUAUGGCUUUGCAGAUAGGAAUUCAGAGCAAAUGCUUUGGGGCACUGCAUGCACUUAAAUGGCUUUUCACCACUUGUGUGUGUUUGAUUAUGACAGGUCAGAAGGGAAUUAUAAGCAAACUCCUGGGAGCAAAGCUUGCACUUAAAUGGCUUUUCACUCUUGGACUUUUGAGCGCUGCUGAGCACUUGGGACUUAGAGCCAGAAAUGGGAAGAUGCUGGCACUUGGAUUGUUCAUCACCAUGGGCAGCCAGGUGGCUCACAAUUGCACGUUGAUCUCUGGUUACAUAGCUGCAGGAACAGCAUCCGAACCAGAUGUCAUUGGCCAACAAUGA